AUGCCCGCUUGGAAGUCUCUCUUGAGCGUACUGGCACUAGCCAGUACAGCCAUUUCCUGCGCACACCACGACGAUAACGCCGAAGUCGUCCCCGAACAUGAGCGCGAGGAACUCCUCAAGAAGUGGGAUCAGGAGUGGUCCUUCUCCGGCAUCGCCAGCUUCGCCCACCUCCGCCCGGUAAAAUGUCUCAUCGAACCCACCGAACACUACGACAUCGCCAUCAUCGGCGCCCCCUUCGACACAGCAGUCUCCUACCGACCCGGCGCGCGUUUCGGUCCCCGCGCCAUCCGCGCCGCCAGCGCCCGCCAAAUGUCCGGCACAAGCUACAAUACCCGCGCGGGCAUAAACCCGUACAAAUCAUGGGCAAAAAUCACCGAUUGUGGCGAUAUCCCCAUCACGCCGUUCGACAAUGGUCUUGCUGAGAGACAGAUGUACGAGGCGUUCCUUGAACUGGGCUCUCGCAAGAUUGUGAAUCAGCCGGCUGGUGUUGCGGGACGGGGCAUUGGCGCGAAACAUCCAAAGCUUGUUACGCUAGGUGGUGAUCAUAGUGUUGCGUUGCCUGCGCUGCGGGCGUUGUAUGAGAUUUAUCAGAAGCCGAUUACCGUGUUGCAUUUUGAUGCGCAUCUUGAUACGUGGAAUCCCGUGCGGUACUCGGCUUAUUGGCAGAGUGAGCAGACCCAGUUUAACCAUGGCAGUUUCUUUCAUAAGGCCAGUCGGGAGGGGUUGAUUUGUAAUUCGACUUCUGCACAUGCUGGACUCCGGACGAGGUUGACUGGUGUUGAUGAUGGGGAUUAUACGACGCCCGGUCCGGAGCAGGGCUUUAUUCGCAUUCAUGCGGAUGAUAUUGAUGAGUUGGGACCUAUGGGUGUUGUUGAUGCCAUUGUGAAUCGCAUUGGUCUUGAUCCUGAGCAGCCGGUUUAUUUGUCCGUUGAUAUCGAUGUGUUGGAUCCGUCCACUGCGCCGGGUACUGGUACGCCUGAGCCUGGUGGUUGGACUACUCGGGAGUUUAUUCGGAUUCUGCGGGGGUUGGAGAAGUUGAAUCUUGUUGGUGCGGAUAUUGUCGAGGUUUCGCCCGCGUAUGAUAAUAAGGGUGAGACUACUGCUUUGGCUGCGGCGCAGGUGGCUUUUGAGAUUAUUACCAGCAUGGUCAAGUCGGGUGUGGAUGAGGAGUUGGGUGGUUGGUAUGGACGUCGGGAGGAUGGUUCGGGUGGUGUUGGUGUUGUUGAGGAAGUGGAGAGUGCUCCUAAGGAUGAGUUGUAA